GGAGCUGCUCUUUCUCUGGGCAGCGGCGGCAGCUGCGGCCGCCGCGGCCGAGGACGAUGAGCCUACCGGAGAGGAGAGCAGAGGCACCUGCUGCUGCUGCUGCUGAUGAUGCGGGAGUUGCGGGUUCUGGUGCUGCUGAUGCUGCUGCUGCUGUAGCUGCUGUGGAGGUUGUUGGUGGACACAGUUCUCCUGACAUUGGAAAUCGGCGCACAGGAUAACAGGCUUCUGCUCCGUGAAGUCCUCGGUCUCCUCGAGCAGGCUGAGGUUGUUGAUGAAGUCGUUGCCGGUGGGCUCCUGCUUCACAGACGGAACCGGGGAGGACGUGUUGGAGUCGCCCGGGUUGAUGAACUCCGGCCGGGGCAAAGGCCAAGUGCAUGACCGGGGCCGCGACAGGGGCUCAAAAUCCGGGUCGAUUUCGACCAGGUGUGGCUGCUGCGCCGCUUCCGCCAUGGUCGAGGGGGUGACGGAGCCAAGUGUUACAAUGUCAUGUAAAUGUGACCGACCUGUCGCUCUAAAAAGUCGCAAAUUUGCCAAUGAAAUUCGAGCGAAUACAGAUCAAUCUGUCCGGGAAAAUAUUGCUCCGCCUGGGCGCAAAGUCUUCACUGAAAGUCACAUCCCAAGCCGGUUAAAUGUGUGUUUUAAAAAGUUAUGUUUUCUAAAAAUGAUUUUCCUGUGAGCAAAAGUGCACUGAGUGUCCUCGGUGUGUUAACCCACUGCUUUGUUGUUGUUAUCCAGACGUAGUGAUGUUCCGUCUGCGCCUCGUACAGCCUGUUGACUAUCUGCGUUGUACAGCAUGUGAGGACUUACUGGAAGUAUCAGCUGACACCGCCCAUUUUGGAUUGACACCAGAAUAGCGCCAAUGAAUGGCAUUGAAAGAUUUGGAAUAAAGAAAAAACUUGUUUUUAUUCUUUCUGCUGCUGCUAACAGCCCAUAAUCAGUGUGUAGUAAUCUAAAGUUACCAAGUUAAAUACAUUUUCUCAAAACUAGGGAUGGAUACAUAGAUGAUUAGGGCAACAUUUUUUAAAAUACGGAUAUUAACAGUGUAUAAUAUUUGUAACAUCAAAAACACAAAUACAUUUUCUCAAAAAAAUAAAUAUGUAAGAAUAUGUUUUUUUUUAAGAAUGGGAAAAAGUGUUUCCUCUGGUAAAUAAAGAUUCUGGAAGGAGCUGUCCUUCUUGGACCAAGUUGUUUUGGUUUUCUCAGCCAACUUUGGGCUGCAUUGACAUCUUGUGGUCGUUGUGAGGUAAGACAGCAUGACACCGCCUGCAUGCAACAUACUGUAUAACCCAGCAUGCCAUCUCUUCCGCGUCAAGAUCUCUUCAUGGAGAGCCUUUAUUUAUUAGCUGCCUAGAUGUAUCAUCUAUGAAAUAUCCAACAGGACGACAGUGAGAUCCAACCCAGUCCGAGUUUUGUACUUAAAGAAAGAUAACAUAGAUUUAAAAUCUCUCAGCAUUGCCAACAGUCACCAGAUGUUAAGUUAUAUUAAAGUCAGGAAGUAGCCUAAAUCGAUGUAAUAGUCUAAUUAUACACCUACUUGUCAUGUUAUUUUUUCGGAUGUGUUGUGCCGUUUUCUAGAUAGUUUGAUGCAACUCCGUGUGUGAAGAAAGCACACAUUUACGCGCGGCAGGUUCGACUAGUUGUAUCCCCCAAUGGAUUUAACAAGACGUUUCUAUGAGUGCGAAGUACGGCAAGAUAUUAAACUCCCACUGCCAUGGUUUGACUGAAUAUAAAGGAGUCUGAACACUGUCCUGCGUUCCUAGAAAUAGGUUUCAUUUAGCGAAUUGAGAUAUUUAUAUGGGUGUAGGAGAAUAGCUCGUACUAUAGUAAAAGGCUCGUCUUGUGCCCACUUGGACCAACGCGCUAUAGACUAGUGCUAAUCUUUUCAGAAUUGCUGUCUGUGAAAGAAACACAUAUUAAGAGAUUUAGGGGGAGUAUGGAAUGUGUCUGGAUUGGCUUUACAGAAAUGUUACAUUUCCUGCCUUGUAACUUUAGUCUUCAAAACCACAUCUGUGUUAAAUUCAGUGAAGGGAGAGUUACUUAGAUGCUUCACUUGGUCAAAAGUACCAAUCCAUUGUUGUCAAAAUACUUAAUGACAAGCAAAAUCGUACAUUCAAAAUCUUACUUAAGUAUAAAUACAGAAGUAUAAUCAGCACAAUGUGUAAGUGAAAGUAAUCAUUGUGCAGACAACUGGCCUUCAUGUGUGUAUAAGUAUGUGGCCUUUCUUGAUAUAUAGUAGCAUUUUACUGUUGUAGACAAACACAUUUCUGAUUGACUUUUUCUAAAAUAUUAAAAUAAUUUGAUGACUUAAAGAUUUGAUCCACUAGUUUAAAUGUCAGAGAUACAUUUGAUUGAAAGUAGCUAAAGCUGUUAAAUAAAUGAAGUGGAGUAAAAAUACUUUUUUCCCCUUUAAAAUGUAAUAAAUUAAAAGUAUAAUAAAAUGGAAAUACUUAAGUAAGUACCUAAAAUUUGUGCGUAAGAAUCAUUGUAUGUAUGGUACUAAGUGCAGUACUUGAGAAAAUGUAUUUAGUUACUUCCCAACUCCGGCUAACCGAUAACAGUUAUUCUAUUUUUGUGUUGAAGAGAUGAUGCCACGUUGAUAAAUACAUUCAAUGUUCAGUUUUACAGAAUCGUAUAAAUGAUCAUGGCUCCACAUCCUUUAAUCCAGGCAAUCAUCGACUUCUCAGCUGGACCAAUAGGUGGUACCGCUUGUGUGCUGAAAGGUCAGCCCUUUGACACAGCAAAGGUGAAGAAGAUGCAGACCUUCCCCACCCUGUACCGUGGCUUCAUCCACUGCUUCACAUCCAUUUUUCAAGCAGGCAUUCUUCCACUCAUGUUCAGCGGUGGAUUUGGAGGAGCUUGUUUCUGGUUGACGGUUUAUCCAAUUGACUGUGUGAAGUCCAGGAUCCAGGUUUACUCUUUCGCUGGGAGGCAGGAGGGCUUCAUGAAGACCUUCAUGGGUGUUAUACGCACUGAGGGCUUCACUGCUCUCUAUUCAGGCCUGACUCCCACCAUGAUACGCACCUUGCCUGCCAACGGAGCAUUCUUUCUGGCUUACGAGCUCAGUCGCAAGUUUAUGAUGGAUACGGCUGGUUACCGAUGAGGGGGGGAUCUCAACACUCAAAAAAGUAUUGUGCUGAAACACUUUCUCGUCUUUAUGUCAUUUUAAAAUGAGAUGACUUGGAUUGUUUCAUUAUGUUUGCUUAAAUGUCAUUGGAAAAUUCUGAAAAUGCUUUUGGUAUGGAUUUAUUUGAAAAACACAUUUUGUGCUGUGCUGGCCAUGGUGAUUUAAAAAAAUAAAGCUUUAAACAUUAUACCACCACACAUGAUGUCCUGAAAGCUGUUCUGCUGGGCCACCUUAAUUAUUACAUUUACUUUAGAAAAACUCUGUUAACCUGACUAAAAGCUGAUCCUUUUUCACCUAAGAUUGAGUUGGAAUUCAAUAUAAAACAAAUAAAAAAAUGAGAUGCAAUAAAAAUCAUUCCAACAAUCAGAUUAUGAAAGCACGUGCAACCAAAACCUCUUUAGCAAUUUCUGCUUUUUUAUUCCCUUCCGUUUGUCAAAACGAUUAGCUUUCCUCACCACAAGAGGGUACUGGUUGCACUAAAAUUGAGUCCUCUAGCAACAGGAAAAAACCUGCAUGUACUGUAUGCCAAAAAUCUGUUCAAAUCAUACCUUUGUUAAAUUCAUUGGAAAUUACAUCAAGUUGUACUUUAAAGUUUGGAAUAAAAGACAAAAAGCUCUUGUGGUCUGUAAUGAAGUUUUGUAACAGUAAAACUGAGAAAAAUAGGAGGAAGUGAUAUAACAGAUUUGGCUUCAGAUCUCGAACAUAGUCUUUAUUCAGCUUUUGUAAUUUCUUUCCCUUGACAACAAUUCCUUAAACUCAAAAAUUGAUCAAGGUGGCAUCAAACCCAUAAACUUCCAUACAUUUUACAAGAGGUCAAAUGCAGUCUGUUGUCUGAUGUGGUGAACAACUGAACCAAAUGUACAUCCACUCAUCAUGACGCCUACUGCAGUGAGCUGGCUGUCAUGUGAUUAACAAUCAAGUGCUGGUCAAUUCAAGGCCCUCACUGAGAGAUGAUGGUAUUAAGCAGCUCAGAUGUCAGUUGUUAUGCCUCCCAAACUCAAAAUCCAAUAGUACAGUACAGCUUUACAUCAGAGGAAUAAGUUUAUUUUGUCAGGCUGUUUAACAUCCUUUAUUUAAAUAUAGACACUAUGGGGGAAGUGGCCCCGGAGGUCUGCUUCCGUUUUUUGGGGAAGGUCUGCAGCAGCAACAGCAGCAGCAGGGAGCCGGCUUGAUGUUGUCACCUGGAGAAGAACAGCAGCGAAAGUCAGGAUCCAGUAAAGUUCUUACUGAACAACAUACUUUUAUAACGAGGAACGUAUACAUCAGAUACUCUGCAGAGGAUUGCUUUGUCAAAAUAAAAGGAUCUGGAGGAUUACAUCUGUACAAUUUAGUAAAUAUGUCACCUGGUCUCAGAAUGGUUUCUGAGGUAUAUUUUUGUGUAUUUUGUAAAUUGUGUGCUUCUUGUUUAUAUUUGUUUGUAUCUUGGGUGUAAUAUUAAGUUGUCUUUGGCUCUUUCUGCUGUACAAAUAAAAAU